AUUUAUAGGGUUUUAUGACCCAGCAGAGACUUGGGAAAUCCAAGAAAUGGAAACGGGAGUGAUAGUUGAACUGCAGAGAAACUCACCAAACUGGGCUAAGGUAGUUGACGAAAUAGUGAGAAUAGAGAAGAAGAUUUUCCCUAAACACGAAUCUUUGGCUCGAUCCUUUGAUGAAGAACUAAGAAAGAAGAACAGUGGGUUGCUCUAUACCCAAGUGGGUGGUGUAGAUAUUGCUGGUUAUGUCAUGUACUCUUGGCCUUCUUCCCUUUGUGCUUGCAUCACUAAAUUAGCAGUGAAAGAGAAUUACAGGGGACAAGGCUAUGGAGAAAAUUUGCUCAAGGCCGUAGUGCAGAAAUGCAGAACAAGAAAUGUUCAUCGGAUAUCGCUUCAUAUAGAUCCUACAAGGACUCCUGCAAUGCAGCUAUACAAGAAACUUGGUUUUCAAGUGGAUACAUUUGUGGAGGGCUAUUACUCUUCAGAUAGAAAUGCCUAUAGAAUGUAUUUGGAUUUUGACAUGGAAUAGCAUUAGUCUUUCUGAUUCAGCAGCUGAUCAUAUUCUUUAAUGUGCAACAGAGAUUUCUAACUUUCCUUGCAAACGUCUGGCUGGGAAAAAUUGCAUUCACAACUGGCCUUGAUAUUUCAUCAUUAUUAUACUCCUUCCGUUUCAA